AUGGAUCGAACUGCUGUCAAGAUCAACGUCCGAGACGCCAACGGCCGGAAAGACUCCAUAACCCUUGACGCUGUCAUUGACGAAACAAUCGGCGAAAAUAUCAUCAUGGGCCAAUGGUUCGCUCACCUACAACGCCUUCUGGCGCUUGAAAGGACGCCGAGCGAGGUCAAGAUCGUUAUGGACUCUCAUGGCGUCCAGCACAACGUUUCAAGCGUGGUAUACCUUUUGAUCGGGCAGUCAGGGAAGAAUUGGUCGGAAGUAGCUGCUUUCUCCAUAUCUGACAGCAAGGGCCCGGCUCCUGGAGGCAGAUAUCCCGUGCUUCUCGGCAACAGCCUGAAAGCGAGAUUCAGUCUGCCUCGGGCGGAUGGGAUGGAGUCUUUCUGCGCAGCUCCUACAGUGAUGCAUUACCCGAACCAACAAGAGCGAAAGCAACGCGAGGAUGAUGCUGAAAGGAACAAUGCAGAGCUGCGUAGGAAGGCGAGGGAGAACCAGGAGAAACUUGACAAACAGAAGAAGGAUAGGAAGGACAGUGGGAAUGGACAGCCUGGACAGUCGGCUUCGACUGCGUGA